AUGACAUUCAUGGGUUUGAAUGGUUUACCUCUGGCUACGGCUCGCAUUUUCAUUAUCAUCGUUCCGGCCUUUCUUCUGUUUGGCUACAAUCAAUCAAACCUUGGAGGCGUGCUAGACUAUCCGUCUUUCACCAAGCAUUUCCCUGACAUUGACACAACCAGCUCGGAGGGAGCAUUAAAAGACCACAAAGCCACAAUCCAGGGGACCGUUGUUUCGGUAUACACUCUUGGCUGCCUUAUCGGAUCCCUUGGGGUUACUCAACUUGGAAACCGCCUCGGUCGUCGAAAGUCUCUUAUAGUCUCCGCAGCUGUAGCUACAGCUGGCCUUAUUAUACAGGCUUCUUCGUACAGCCUGGGUCAGCUUGUGGUUGGUCGCGUCAUAUCUGGCAUUGGAAACGGCGGUGUCAAUGCGAUCGUCCCGGUUUGGCAGAGUGAGUGCACAAAGCCAAAGAGCCGGGGCAAAAACGUGGUCAUAAUAGGAGUCUUUAUUGCUAGCGGCAUAGCAAUUGCAGGAUGGGUGAACGUUGGUCUUUCCUAUAUUGAGGAGGAAGAGGCGGCGUGGCGCCUGCCACUCGCGAUACCAAUUCUCUUCACCCUUCCCCUCAUGACCAUGACCAUGACAUUUCCCGAGUCGCCUCGAUGGCUUAUUUGCAAGGGGCGCAAAGAGGAGGCCCAAGAGGCUCUGAGGGCUCUCACAGGAAGAGAGGAAUCUCCUGAAGAGAUGGAAGAACUGCAGCUUGCCCUUCGGCAGAUACCUACAUCAGAACGCGGAUUUCUGGACCUAUUCAAACCCGGCCCUCAGCGCCUUUUUUACCGACUUUGCCUAGCUAUUGGUAUCAACUUCUGCGCUCAAAUGACAGGCGCCAACGUUAUCUCGUAUUACGGCAAGACAAUAUUUAAGGAGUCUUUAGGACUGAAAGGAGUGAAGGCUUCGUUUCUCAACGCCGGCGUUCUUACCUGGAAGAUUUUUGCGGCAUCAUUGGCCUACCUAUCUGUCGACCGUUUUGGCCGCAAGCCGCUUUUCAUUAUUGCCUGCCUCGGAAUGGGCCUAUCCAUGGCCGGGUUAGCUGGAACAGUCUGGGCAAUUGAGUACCGAUACACUUUCGGUGCAUCAGUCGCGGCGACCUUCUUUCUCUUCUUUUACAUGACCUUUUUCCCGCUUGGAUUUUUAGGAGCAAACUUUCUGUACAGUGCCGAGAUUGCUCCGCAGGAUUUACGUGUGCACCUUGCCGCUGUGGGCACUGCUACCCACUGGCUCUUCAACUUCGUCAUAGCUGAGAUUACCCCAGUCGCCUUCACCACGAUCAGGUACCGCUAUUACAUUGUUUAUGCUGUGAUUGGGUUCAAUGCAGCGGUGCUUGUUUACUUUUUCUUUCCGGAAACAAAGGGUCGAUCACUGGAAGAGAUGGAUAGCCUCUUCUCCCACCCUCAGACAUGGUGGAGGGUGACUGCCUACACACGUACCAGCAGGCGUCCUGUGUUGGAAGAGAACGUGAAGGAAAGCGUUGAACAUUUUGAAGGUGGAAAAACAGACACAAUUUAGGUCUAUGCUGUUGUAAGUAUAUGGAUUCUACAUUGCAGCAUCAGCUAGACUUUGUUCCAGCUGUUGAAUUUGUUCUAUUGAUAAAAUGGGUUGACUGAAGAGGCACCUGUGUUCGUUGUU